AGUACAAUGUGUUUAAAUUGACCAGCAUUCAACAAAAUAGUUUAAAAGAUAAAAUGUAAAGAAAUCAGUAUUGUGUUACUUAAUUUCAGCCGCCAGCGUUUGAAAGAAAAGACGCCACCACAUAGACCUUUCCCAACUUUGUUAGUUAAAAAAAUGUUUUAUCAUAUUUCCUUGGAGCACGAAAUUCUUUUGCAUCCAAGAUAUUUUGGGCCUAAUCUUUUGCACACCGUAAAGCAGAAAUUGUUUACAGAGGUAGAAGGUACAUGUACAGGAAAGUAUGGUUUUGUUAUAGCUGUAACAACUAUUGAUAAUAUUGGUGCUGGAUACAUUCAACCAGGCCGAGGAUUUGUUGUAUAUCCAGUAAAAUACAAAGCUAUAGUUUUUCGACCUUUUAAAGGAGAAGUGCUAGACGCUGUUGUAACACAAGUUAACAAAGCUGGACUUUUCACAGAAAUUGGACCAUUGUCUUGUUUCAUUUCAAGACAUUCAAUUCCACCAGAUAUGGAAUUCGAUGCCAACUCCAAUCCACCUUGUUACAAAACUCAAGAUGAGGAAGUAGUUAUUCAGCAGGAUGAUGAAAUUCGUUUGAAAAUAGUUGGAACUCGAGUUGAUGCAAAUGACAUCUUUGCAAUAGGAACAUUGAUGGACGAUUACCUGGGACUUGUCAGUUAAUUCAUGGCAUUGUCACGAGAUUGACCUUUAAAAUAUUUGGUCUUACCUUAACAAAAUUUGGUUCUGGAUGACACUGUACCAACUAGGAUAUAAUAACUUAUUGUUUUAUAUACUUAAUGUAUUAAAAUAUUAUAUUUUGUAUUAUUUGACCAACAUAACAAAUGUAAAAAAAUUCAUGGUGUUACAAGAA